UCCAUCGCAGCACUUAUCAUUUCCGAGGUGUGUAUGAACGCAGCAUGACGCCGCCUGUGGUGGCUCAUUACAUUAUCUGGCAACCGGAGUGGCAGCGGACAGAAGAGAGGGGAUCCCCGGGAUUUUUUUACGCCAAAGCCAGCUAAAUACUGACGCCAAACAAGUGAAAACCGCGGGGGAACUCGACCCGGCUCCUCCUAUAUACUCCGGUGAGAGCAGCCAUGUCAGAAGAGGCGGUGCGUCAAACGCGCAGCCAGAAGCGAGCUCUGGAGAGGGACCAUGCAGCUCUUGGCAGUUCCCCGGGGGACAUGGACGGCAAGCGGGUAAAGCUGGAGAGAGGUGAUGCAGCUGGGGCUCCGCUGGCCCUGGUGGGACCUGCAGCUGAGGGCAUGAAGCUGAAGAGUGAGCAGGCUGCUAAGGUAGCAGCCAGCAUCCUGAAGACUGGGGAGGUGAAGGCUACCAUCAAGUUGGAGGUGCAGACUGGAGACGAACCAGUGGAUAUGAGCACAUCCAAAAGUGACAUUAAGAAAGAACAACAGCCACCUUCUCCAGAUGAUGUGAUUGUGUUAUCAGACAACGAGCCGUCCAGUCCCGUCAUGAACGGCCACUGCUUCACGAAGACGGACACAGAUAAACUCAUGAAGAGCUCACCUGAGGAAAGGGAACGUAUUAUAAAACAGCUCAAGGAGGAACUGAGGCUCCAAGAAGCCAAACUGGUUCUCCUCAAGAAACUACGACAAAGCCAGAUCCAGAAGGAAAGCACUGUACAGAAGGCGAGUGGCUCAGUGGCAACUCCUCCUCCUCUAGUGCGAGGCAGCAUGACAUCCAGUAAAGGACCCCUUCAGGUGACAGGUCGCAGCUCAGGCACGGUGAUCCCCCCACCCUUAGUGCGGGGUGGACAGCACAUCCCGUCCAAACACAACUCUCAGAUCGUGAUGCCACCCUUGGUCAGAGGAGCCCAGCCUAUUGCGGUGACCCCUCAGCAGAUCGCUAGCCUGCGGCAGCACCAGCAGCACAGCGGUUCAGGUCCGCCCCCACUGUUACUGGCGCCCAGGGCUUCUGUCCCCAACGUCCAGAUCCAGGGCCAGAGGAUCAUUCAGCAGGGACUCAUUCGAGUGGCUAACGUGGCCAACAACGUCAUGGGCUCUUCUGGUCUUAAAGGCUCGUCUCCCAGCUCCAGUGUCAAUGAUUCUCCGGCUAGCAGGCAGGCGGCCGCUAAGCUAGCUCUAAGGAAGCAGUUGGAGAAGACUCUGCUGGAGAUUCCUCCUCCGAAACCUCCUGCUCCCGAGUUCAACUUCCUGCCAUCUGCGGCUAAUAAUGAGUUCAUCUACUUGUUGGGGUUAGAGGAGGUGGUUCAAAAGCUACUCGAGAUGCACGGCCGGGGUAAUCUGGGUCCUGCUGCUUCCAUGGCCAGCUCCAAUUCCAAAGACCCAUACACCUGCGCCCAGUGCAAGACGGACUUCACCUCCCGCUGGAGGAAGGAGAAGGCCGGCACCAUCCUCUGCGACCAAUGCAUGUCGUCCAAUCAGAAGAAGGCCCUAAAGGCCGAGCACACAAACCGUCUGAAGGCAGCCUUUGUGAAGGCGCUCCAGCAGGAGCAGGAGAUCGAACAGCGUAUCCUCCAGCAGACGGCCUCUUCAUCCUCCUCCAAAACCACCUCGUCCUCCUCUCCCUCGCUGUCCAAGAGCGAGGUGCUGAUAUCCCCGCAGUACAAGCAGAUCAGGUCUGACUUGCAGCACCGAUCAAUGUCUGCACACCACUCCAUUAAGCAGAGUCAUUUGGCGCACAGCAUCCAGUCUCGUGGCGUGGCGCACUCCUUUACCUCCUCCCAGCUGCAGAACGCGGUGACGGCGGCCGCGCUGGGCAGCAGAGCAGGGAAACACGCUGCCGCUCUCUCACUGCAGCAGGGAGCAAAGGUCAGCGCCAGCAACAGCGGUAACCAGGGCAACAUGGGAGCCUGGAGGAAGCAGGGCAGUGGGAAUGCAGGGGUGACGAUGGCCUACGUCAAUCCCAGCUUGUCUGCUCAUAAGACCUCCUCUGCAGUGGAACGUCAGCGGGAAUAUCUGCUGGACAUGAUUCCUUCCCGCUCCAUCUCCCAAGCAGCAAACACAUGGAAAUAAUGCAAUCUCUCCCCUCCUCCUGAUGCCACAGCGUUUAGCCCUCCUAAUAUCAAUAACAGCCAUGCUCAUUAUCAUUCUAUUGUUUUCUAUAGACUCUGGCUCGGACGGCCAGGAUAAGAACUCUUUUUCUCGUUGAUCAGAGGUGUAUUUAAACCUUUUCUCGACGCCUUCUUAUGCUACCUUGUUCCUUUUCCGAAUCACUUCCUUAAUGGAGUUGUUCUCCAGCAGCUUCAGGGAUGCAAGGAACAUGUCAUAAACAUCUUCGGGGUACCUUUUGCAAGACUUGGGGACUCGGUGGGCGGCACUUCGGCUCUUCCAACUGUUUACUGAAGAAAGUGGCAAAAAAAUAAAUAAAUAAAUAAAUAAAAACAACGCUGAGCGUUCCUCCUUAUGGACCACGCAGGGAUUAGCAAUGAUCAUCAUUAUACACACGAUUUGUCCUGCAUCCUGCCCCUCUGCCACCCCUUACCCCCUCCAGCCUGAGCCACUCAGGCCCGUGCGCUGGCCUGACCGAACUCUCCUACGGACCUCAUGACGGGGAUUGUUGAGCUUCGAGGACCAUUCGUAAAAUAUUAACUGCUUUAGCUUUGCAACAAUGAAUAAGACAAACAUUAAAAAAAAACAACAGACUGACAAGGAAAGAAAAAAAAAAGAAAAAAGGAUCUAUCUGCACACAGACUGCCUCUUCUCACCAACCUUCGGCGUGUAAAUUAGAGAAGUUGUCUGUUGAACUAUUUUGUAUGGCUGAAUGUUAGGAUUUUGUCUUCUCUUCUGUAAGUCCUAUGCUGUGUUUGGAAUAUCGUGCUCCCUGACACUUUGGAAGUGGCCUCUUGUUGAGGUCUGAAUAUAAAAAAAAGGCUAAUGUUACUGUUGAGGUGGUUUUACAUCUGCUGGUUUCCAUUAUUGUGGCCUAGUUUUAAAUACUUUUUUUUUUGUCUUUUUGGUAAGAUGAUGAGGAAGAAUAAAGAUUAAGGGUUUCAUUGACUCAUGUUAAAAAAAAAAAAAAGCUUAAAAAAAGAAAACGGAGCAUAUUUGGAGGACUAUUCUUAUUGAAUAUUGUAAAAUAAACCUUCCAAAGAACUAGUGGAGCCCAAAUGGAAUCCCUUCUGCUAGAAGGUUUCUAGUUUAUUUGAACCCUCUCUGGAUAUGAACAUGAAUUCAUGCUAAACUGAGUGGGUGUAAGGAAUGUCAAGAUUUUGACAUUUUAAUUUUGCUUUUUAGUCAUAGGUUGUGGUGCAUAACUUUUUUUUUUUUUUUGUUCCUUCUACAGACAAAACUGUCUGAAUUUAUUUAUAGGGUUAGUAAAGACUUGCAUAUGCCCUACGUUUUGAAUGGAUAUUGGUUUAAAAUGUGUUUUUUUUUCUCCCUCUGUGUCAAGCGGCUCUCACAGAACCUUCGACCGGUUUGAGCGAAGCUGGACAGCUUUCAGAAUGUAGUCAUGCAAAAACAAAAACUAAACCCUUCUGCAACAGAUGACGGACUUCUUAGUCUUUAAGGUGUGUAUGAUUUCUGUAAAGUCGAUUCUUGCAUUUUACAUGCGCUACAGUGUGUUUUAAUCAGAUUGCAGCAGCACAGGCAGACGUAAAGUGUCAUGGUAUAAAAAAAAAAACAGGAUGUUACGGUCACAACAAGAGAAAAUGAGCUGCUUUUCUUUUAUCAGCCAGCAGGGCGGCCCAGCUUAUGUACCACUUAUGAGAUGGUGUUCUCUUUGUCUUACUGGAAAAUUUACAGUAAUAAAAAAACGAGAGAGAGGCAGAAAUGCACGAUCGGGCUGUAACGGGUUGACACACAUUUUUUAUGUUUUUUUCCAGUCUCACCUGCUGAUUCAGAUUUUAUGUUUGUUUUUCUAAUUCAAAAGGACUAUAAUGCAUGAGAGAAAUGUGUGUUGCGGGUCUGUGAUGGAGGCAGUAGUUUUGAGUCGAAAUAAACUCUCAGAUGUUCUAAGAGUAUCCGUCUAUGCAUCAAAGCACGUCCUUAACCUAUGACUUUUAGAAAACUCCACAUGCUGUUGAUUUAAUGAAAAUGGGAGCAAUCACAAUUUUCAUGCAUUUAAUGACUGAGGGGAAUAAUAACUCACUAGAAGUGACUUUAUGUCCAGCAUCUAUUUCAGGCAGAGCACAUAUAGUCAUGUUGUUAAAACCCCCCAACAAUUUCUCAGUAAUUAAAAA